AAAUUGUGAGAAGUAAUAUGAGUGAAAAUAAAUUAAAAUCUGACUUUUAAUUUUUUAUUUUCUUCCCAAAUGGCCCCUCCAUUUUACAGCUUCUCUGACAAAUCUAUUUACCAAUGGCACGACCCAGAAGAAACCCACCUUCCUUUCUUCUCACUCUUCUUCUGGUUUUUGGGCUUUUUUGUGUGAAGAUUGAGACUAGGAAUGAAAGAGAUGAUGAUCAAGAAGAGUACAUAUCAGCAGUGGGAGAUCCAGGGAUGAGAAGAGAUGGGCUGAGAGUGGCAAUAGAGGCUUGGAAUCAAUGCAAUGAGGUUGGUGAAGAAGCUCCAUUCAUGGGCAGUCCUAGAGCUGCUGAUUGCUUUGAUGUUUAUAAAGGGAAGGAAACCUUCUCCAUUUGCAAUUGCAUUCCACACAUACUAGUCCAUAGAGUUACAGAGGUAGACAACAAGCUUGGAGUGGGACAACCUUUCCCCGGAGGGCGACCAGAGGCAUUGACCAACAUCAACCUAUAUGCUGCCGAAAAAGAGCUCUACUUAGGGUCUAAAUGUCAAGUUGAAGACAAACCCAAUCCAUGGCAAUUCUGGAUGAUCAUGCUCAAGAGUGGCAACAUGGACACUUAUGCAGCCAACUGCCCUAAAAAUGGUAACAGGGUUGGACCAUAUGGUCCUAACCAUGCGUUCCCUUGCUUUGGCAAAGGGUGUAUGAACCAACCAUUGAUUUAUCAUGACUACACCACUUUACAAGGGCCUAAUAUAACUACACUCAAAGGAAGGUUCUUUGGGUCAUGGGACUUGGAUGCUGAUUUGAGGAAAGGUAUUGUAGAGAAACUUUCUUAUUAUUCUGUGACUUGGGAGAAGGAACUUGCAAGAGGAAGUUGGGUUUUUCAUUAUAUCUUGAGGACCUCAACCAAGUAUCCAUGGUUGAUGCUUUACUUGAGGUCCGAUGCCACAGCUGGAUUCUCCGGUGGGUAUCAUUACCAAACCCGAGGAAUGUCAAAAAUUAUUCCAGAAUCACCAAACUUCAAAGUGAAGUUCACCUUAAAUGUGAUAAAAGGAGGUGGUCCAAGAAGCCAAUUCUACUUGAUGGAAAUAGGGAGCUGUUGGAAGAACAAUGGGCAGCCAUGUGAUGGUGAUGUAGCUUCAGAUGUAACCCGAUACAGCGAGAUGAUACUAAAUCCAAAAACACCUUUGUGGUGCCGAGCAGACAAACCUAGAUUCUGCCCGCCUUACCAUACAUUCCCAAACGGUGUUCGUGUUCAUCGCAGUGACAUAGCCAACUUCCCUUACGAGGCAUAUCACUUGUACUGUGCCCCUGGAAAUGGAGAGCACAUUGAGGAGCCAAACAUUUUGUGUGAUCCAUUUAGCAAUCCUCAGCCCCAGGAAAUCUUGCAAAUUGUGCCUCACAAAGUUUGGGGUGAUUAUGGGUACCCUACAGAGAAAGGGCAGGGUUGGAUUGGGCACCCCAGGACAUGGGAGCUUGAUGUGGGGAGACUUUCUCAAUCUCUUUACUUUUACCAGGAUCCAGGGACUCCACCGGCUAGGAGGCAAUGGACAUCGGUCAAUUUGGGAACUGAAAUAUAUGUAGAUCCUGAUCAAGUUGUAGAAUGGACUGUUAGUGAUUUUGAUAUUCUCAUACCCAAGGUUCUCAAAAGUGGUUGCGGUGGCAUGGUUGCGAUUGUGGGAUGUAAAGGCUGUAGUGUAACGGUUGCAGUAAUCGGAACAAUGAUUAUUUUUUUAUUUUUUGCACAAUUUGCGGAACCGUGAUUUUUUUUUUAUUUUUCGCACAAUUUGAAGAAAACUUACCGAUACACAUAUUAUUAUUUUUU